AAUUUGAUUCAACGCAAUUCCCCCCUUCUGCAAAUCAAAUAUGUAUCUGUUCAGAUUUUUGGUCUUUGGUUAAGCUACCAACAUUCUCAUCUCCGGAGCAUUUAAAAAACUCCAAUAUUUCCCUUUGGAUCAUGGCACUUGCUUUCAUGACUGUUACUUAAGUCAGCAAGUUGUGCGAUAAGCCUACUCACUGCUGCGUGUGUUGGUGGCCUGAUGGCGCAUGUUUUGAUAGGCCUACCAUUAACCCAUGUUAUCCAGAUCUAUUAAAACAGCUUACAACAGAAAUAUAAUUAGCCCUACUAUUGUAAUGCAUGAUUGCAAUGCAAUUCCUCCUCCUGCAAAUCAAAAUGCGUCUGGAUUUACCGGUAAUAUUCUCAAUUUCAGAGCAUAAAAAAAAAUCCCAUUGGCCUAUUUCCUGUGGGAUCAGGCGCAUGCUAUGUUUUAAUAGGCCCUCCAAGAACCCAUGUUAUCUAUAUGUAUUAUUAAACAGUAGGCCUGUAGGCUAGUGCUGGUCCUGCAUGUCCGAUGAGCAAGAUGCACAUCCAAAUUGGAAGUGUGGGCUGACUAAUCUACCAGCUCAAGUUUGUUGCCUAUGUUGUAGGCCUAGUGUUAGUUUGACUCAUUGUGUACAGUACUUUGCUUUAUUUGACAGCAUUAUUUUAAAGGAUUUGAGGGUUAGUUUAAGAGUUGGGGAAAACAGGGCAAUGAGUCAUUAGAUCAACCAUUGAAGAUUUUAUGCACAGGGAAUAGGCUGCUAUAAACCCAUAGCACUGUUGAUAGUAUACCUUGGAUACUGUGGAUUGCUGCAUGUUGCAUACAUGAAGUGUAUAAACCCUGGAUGACUGACAAGGGGCGCUGUAUUGAAGUCCCCUCACAGCCAUCUUCGCAUCUCUGCAAUGUAAAACAUAUUUUUGAAGAUAUAGAAGUGCAUUUAUUAAUGUCUACAUUCAUUUCCUGACACAUUUAUUAUAUUACAGACACCAUAAUGCACACUUUUAAAUUAUAUAAUGUGAGCUAAACAUAUACAUAUAUAUAUAUAUUACAAAAUCCUAAAAGUAUAUAUUUUUGGAGAGUACUAAUGGUACUGUCCCCAACAACAACAAAAAUAUUUAAAUAGCCGUGGGAAGUAGGGGUGCUGCAGAUAGAUUACAAUAAAAAAAAAGUGUUAAUAAAAAAUACAUAUGUUUUUUAAAGAAAAUGAAAAAUGUGUUUAUCACUAGGCCUUUAUUACUCCUGUAUGAGAGGAGCAGAGAAAAAAAACUCCUUAUCAGCAGAGCCCGCAGAAAUGCCUCCGUUCUUUCACCAUUCAUUGUUCCCAUAGGGGGAUUUUACAACCACUUCAAACAAGGUCUGUGUUUCAUGUAGGCUUUCCCUGGCGUGACAUUUUGAUAACCGUGUCAAUCUCUCUCGGACAAGGUGACUUUUAUCAAUAUAUUCAGCUCUAUUUACCCCCAGAUUCUAAAAUACUAAUUAGCCUCAAAGGCAACAUGUGAAAAACUACAAAUCCCUGUAAGCUCCUGUGAGUCAUCUCUAGCUGACACCUUUGCUGUCAGAUAGCUAACUACUAGCUACUGUGUUAGAGCUGGGCUGAGACAAAACCCUUCCAAUACUCCUGCUCUUCAGGACUUCCUGCAAUGACUGAAACAGACCAAAGCAGGAGAAUAGUAUUCCGGGUUGAAACAGUUUACCUAGUUGAGAGGUGAUAAGACUCAGGCAUACCCAUUGGUUCUGGAAUAGAGAAGGUUUGCAAUUUUGCAUCAAUUACAUGACAGUUAUUCUACCUAAAAAACAAACGUGUGAAUAUCAAUUACCUUCCACAUUGGUAGUUACAGUCUUGUCCCAUCUCUGCAACUCACAUACGGACUCGGGAGAGGCGAAUGUUGAGAGCCAUGCCUCCUCCGAAAACACAACCCCGCCAAGCCACACUGCUUCUUGACACAAUGCACGCUUAACCCGGAAACCAGCUGCACCAAUGUUUCAUAGGAAACACCGUAGACCUGGCAACUGUGUUAGCGUGCAUGCUAGAGCACGAUGGGACAAGGACAUCCCGGACGGCAAAACCCUCCACUAACCCAGACGACACUGGCCCAAUUGUGCGUCACACCAUGGGUCUCCUGGUCGCGGCCUGGUACUGUACCAGGAUCUGUAGUAAGGCAGCUAGCACUGCGAUGCCAUAGUCCGCUGCGCCACUCUGGAGGCCCCAAUUCCAAUUAAUUUCAACCAUAUUAUAACAAGUAGGACUAAAUAAGGUUACAUAACCGUGUCUAGUAGCUUUACUAAUAAUUUGCUGUCCAGAGUGUAACAGCAAACAGAUCAAUGUCUUCCCGAAGUAAAGUAAGUAGAAAGUUGACUCAAGAGAAGCAAAUCAGUCAAAAACUCUCAAAAAGCCAGACCAAAAUAAUACAGCUAGCUAGCUAAACUAACUACAAGUCAGGUAGUAGGUUACUGGAAAUAGGCUUCCCACCCCUCACCCACAGACACAAACAAACAUGAUCAAGAAUGCCUCGCUUCAUCAUCAAAGUUAGUUAGCUAGUUAACUAGCAAGCUAGACUGUUGGUUUAUAAAAGCCAAAGAAAGCUAACGUCGUUGUUAGGAAUUUCUCAUGCAUUUAAAUAUCAAGACAAACAGAUGGCUAAUGUAGCCAGUCUACACUUAGGCUCCCAAGUGGCGCAGUAGUCUAAGGCAUUGCAUCUCAGCUAGAGGCGUCACUAUAGACAACCUGGUUUGAAUCCAGACUGUAUCACAACCGGCCGUGAUUGAGAGUCCCAUAGGGCGGCGCACAAUUGGCCCAGCGUUGUCUGAGUUUGGCCGGUGUAGGCCAUCAUUGUAAAUAAGAAUUUGUUCUUUACUGACUUGCCUAGUUAAAUAAAGGUUAAAUAAAAUGUAGAAAAUGGCUAACUAGCUAACCAUUCGCUAGCCUACAACUCAACAUCUUACAGAAACGUUCUCACUGGCCAAGCACACGCACGUUCGUGAAUGGUCCGGUCACUUCUGACACCAAUUUAAUGAAACAGACAGGGAGCAGGUCUGUACCCUCAACCUUCUGGCACGAAGUCCAGCGCGCCAUCGACUGUGCCCCAAAAGCAUGCUCGAGCGGCAGAGUCGAUAUUUACGCUUAUAAACCCAGGGUCAUUACAGUAUUGAUAAAAGUAGAUGUAACGGCGUUCUUCUGUUGAAGGAGGAACGGACCAAAAUGCAGCGUGGUGGUUACUCAUGUUUAUUGAUGAAAAAUGACUAGACAUGAAAUAACUGAAACGUACAAAAACACAACAGACGGAAACGUGAAAAACUAUACAGCCUAUCUGGUGAAUAUAAACACAGAGACAGGAACAACCACCCACGAAACACUCAAAGAAUAUGGCUGCCUAAAUAUGGUUCCCAAUCAGAGACAACGAAAUCACCUGACUCUGAUUGAGAACCGCCUCAGGCAGCCAUAGACUACGCUAUACACCCCACAAAACCCCAAGACGAAACACACCACAAUAAACCCAUGUCACACCCUGGCCUGACCCAAUAAAUGAAGAUAAACAUAAUAUAUUUUGACCAGGGCAUGACAGUAGACUUGUCUGAGAGUUAUUUACACAGUUCUCAAAAACACAGUUAUCAAAGUGUUUCUAAAAUCCCCCAUGGGAAAAAGUAAUGGUGGAAAAACGAUUGGAACCGUUUCCAUGUUUGACCACUAGGUUUUUAUGGGUAUUAUGACUCAUACUGUGAUACUUUAUGGCCAAUACAUAGCAUCAGCAAUCCAGGGUUUAUAUACCUAAAUGGUUGCAUAUUAAGGGUGUGUUCGUAAAUUCACUCUAGAGUGUCAGAGAGCACUUGGGGUGUGCUCUGGGCGUUAGUAAAUUCAGAGUGUUGUCAGAUUGUCCAUUUGUAAAUUCAGAGCUGGUCCGAGUGUUCUGACCUCGCCCAUUUUACUCGCCCUAGCAGAGCUGGUUAGGAUGUUUUCAUGUUAUCGAGAGCAUUGGUGAUGAUAACUGUGACACUGGCAACAACUGAAUUACUUUUUUUGCCGACGUUUACUGAUAUCGGUCAUAUUGAACGGGUGUUGCACGUUCAUAAAUGCAUCAGUUAUUCUGCGCUCUGGCACACUCAGACGAGUGCUCAGAAAUCGGAGAAAAUAACCAGAGUGAAUUUACGAACUCACCCUAAUAUUACUAUUGUGAUGUAUAAUUGCUAUGGUAAUUUGGAAUAUCCAGUCAAUGAGCAUUAGGGGUAAUGUAGUCAUUAUACAGAAUCUACAUUGCAAGUGCUUACAAGUGCUUACAUCAUUUACAUUGUAACAGCAUGGUAUCCCAGGGAAAAAAAUGGAAAAUAAACAAAAAUACAAAACACAGGAGGACAUGUUUCUUUUAAGCCUAAAAUUAAGAUAUUCAUCCCAAAAUCAACUGCAGUUUAGAGGCUUAAGGUAUAGAUGCCACAUUAAUAAAUGCCUGUUUAAUUUGAAUUUGUUUGCCCGGGUGUUUUCUUUGUGAAUAAGGUUUUUGUUUUGUAGAAUGAGGAAUUUAUAAGGAAUUUUUUGUGUCAAUAACAUAUGUACCAGUAGGCUAAUUAAUAUGUAAUAAUAAUAUUAUGCGGUGACACCAUUUCCUUGUACUAUAAGGAUAGUUGAGAUCAAAUUGUAUUAACAUGGUUGCAUUGGUUAUGCUAGUAAAUUAAUGAAACUGUUUCCUAUAAAAGUAUAGCCUAACGAGUGUGUCUUUCUGAAAUUCUGUCAAAAUCAGCAAAAGCGUGGUAGGCUGUCUGUCCUGUCCCAGUAUGGCGUCUGUGAGCGCACAGGCAGCGCCAUUGAAACACACCAUUGCGAACUCUCUAGGCCUACAUCUCUAUGGGGACAACGGGAAAUAAUGGGGAAGUGGGUAGACUCUCGUUUCAUGAUUAUCAGUGAAAUUAACGAAUGUAUAAAAUAUGAAUGACUAUGUAUAGCUUUGUAAGACUAUAAAUAUCUAUAUUUGGAGUAGUUAGAAUGUCUGUUCCCCUGCUUUUGGGAGGAGCUAGCGACUUCCAGCAAUUGUGCUAAAAUAACGGGUUGGCUGGAUAUGCUUCCUUCAAUAAUCUCCAAACUGCAUGCAGAGACAUUCAAAUGGUAGGUCUAUACCUGCGUUCGUCUGACUCUGGGUAAGUAGAAAAACGACUUAAACAAAUAUAGUAGGCGACAGUAUGAAGUUUGGCAUAAACUGCUUCUCCAAUAGAAAUCCCACUUCUGAUACCAGUGUACCGAACGGAGGGGAAGGGAAGAGAAAGGCAAACACACCCUGGUGCAUGCCUGGGUUGAGAGGCAAACACCCUCGCGCUAAUAGGGUUAACUCACUCGGUCGGAAUUGUAACAUGGCUCAUAUACUGGAGGAUCGCUACAAAAUGUUUUAUCUUUGCCGUUAAUAAAUUGACAAAAGACCCAACGACGUUUGUAAAGCGUUUUUUUUGGCACGCGUUGAUGAAUAUUUGCAAUCCCACUUGACAGUGGCGAACCCACUGUUUUUCCCCCGGUGAACAGCAGUCAUUUAUUUUGUAGCCUAAAAUAUCAACGUAAUUGAGGCCACUUUAACAGGGUUUAUUAGGCUACACAUGCUCAGGCUAUAUAGUCAGUUUAACCCCACCCCAUUAUAUUACAGUGUAACCAGCCAGCAACAGCAGAGACAGAAACCCCUGAAUCGUGGUAGAUUUGCCAAAAUUUAUGCGAUUCGGUAAAGGAAGGGUGGGAGACGUCUGAGCGGGGAGGAUCCCCCCAAGCGCAUCAUCUGGCAGCACUUGGAAUUGUACAUUUUUGUGAUCGGAUGAUCGUUGUGCCUACAUUUGAUUUCGUUACAAAUUUAUUUUCUCUCUUCCAUUUGGCUUCAUUUUUCUAUUGGGUUGCAGGCCUAUAAUGUAGUCUAUAGCCUUUACUUGCUUGCGUCCAGUUCCAGCCUUACUGCGCAAAACAGAUGCCUUAUUAGGGCAAGGCCUACUUCAGCUAAAUUAACUGAUCUUCCAGGAUUUAUGAAUAUCUAUUUUGCAAUAUUUGCCUUUAUGGCACCUGUUGUUAUUGUUAUGAUAACGGUAGGGGUAUCAUGUGUAAUUCAUCGAAGGAGGCACAGUCGGAUUGAACGCUCGCUUCAAUGAUGGACGCUCUGGUUCGAUCACCGUCAGUCUCAGACACCAUGGCACAGCCCACACCACUGGAAACCUCCCUGGGACCCCUCAUCAUGACAUUCCACAAGCACACUGGCAGUGGAGAUGCUAAGACCCUCAGCAAGAAAGAGCUAACCAACCUCAUCAAGGAGGAGUUGCCCAACAUAACUGGGAAGGGUGGUCCUGACGUGGGUGAGCUGAUGACAAUGCUAGACCACGACGGUGAUGGAGCUGUGGACUUCAAGGAGUACAUCACCCUGAUUGAAUCCCUUGCCUGCAUGUGCAACUGCUUCCUGGAAGGGAAAAUGUAUCUUCUAUCUGCUUUCUGCAGUGUAUUGCAUUAGGCCUGCAUGUCACAUUAAUAAUGUCUCAUUGAGUAAAUUGCAUACACGCCUUCCUCUGUGUCCACGCGCAUGCCCAUAUGCACACAAAGACGCAAAGAGUUGCAUAACUCUGCAACAAUUAUAAGACUGAUCCUCAAAUACAUGCACCCAGGUGGAUUCUCUUGUCAGAAAUUGGCUCAAUUGGUAGUGCAUGGCGCUUGCUAUGCCAGGGUAGUGGGAUUGAUUCCGGGUACCAUCCGUACGUAAAAUAUAUGCAUGACUAAGUCGCUUUGGAUAAAAGUGUCUGCUAAAUUACACGUAUUAUUAUAUAUUAGGCUAUUAAGAUCUAAGGAAUGCUGCUACACAGAGCAUGUGAGAUAGUAAACACGAUGUGUAGGCUAUUUAUUUACUGUGUUGUGCAUGUACAGUAAUUCAAUCAGUCUGUUUGGAAUUAUUGAUAUGUUUUGUCUUUACUGCUAAUAAAUGGGGAAAAGACCCAACUAAAGAUU